AUGACUACCGAAAAGACCGACAGCACGGUGAAUCCCGUGGAGAGUGACAGCCUACGGGGUGAGGUUCUCGAGGAUGACGGCGAAGUGUUUAAGAACAAUGCGGAACACGCGAAUUUUCGGGCCCUGGGGCUGUGGGUAUCUCCUGAUUUCCGUGUUGCAAGUCAUGCACUGAUAGCUGAUGAAAGGAUCCCAACUAUCAUUGUGCUCAUCAAGCUCUGCUUCGCCACAGGGGUGUUGUCAAUUCCUGCUGCCCUCGGGGUGGUGGGCUAUGGGCCAGGUGUCGUCCUUUUGGCACUCUGGAGUGCAUUGACUAUGUAUUAUGCCUUUGUGAUGUACCAAUUCCGGAUGAAGUACAAAGGCAUCCACAACAUCGUCGAUGCUGCGGCACUCAUGGGAGGACCGAUUGCACGAGAAGCCACUGGAGCUCUGUUCCUUUUGACUUGGACGCAAGUUCUCCCCUAUCACCUCUGCACUGGCUCCGGCUUCGUUGGGUUGUCGCAAGGUCUCAAGAUCCUCGCCAAUGGCAAAGGGUGCAACAUCGUCUGGACCCUGAUCGCGGCCAUUGCCACUGGAAUACUUUCAAGCAUUCGGACUCUCGGGAAGCUGGCUAUCCUUACUUGGAUUGGCUUCGCCAGUAUUUUUACGGCCGUCUUCAUCGUAGUGGUUGGCGUAACAACCAUCGACAGGCCUGCUGCUGCGCCAAAAGAAGGCCCCUUUGACCUGGGUGUCAUCGCAGUUGGACAUCCUGGAUUUGUCGCAGGGCUCGUUGCGGCGCUGAAUCUUUUCUCUGGAUUUGGCUCGACCUCUACGUUCAUGCCUGUCAUGGCAGAGAUGAAAGUACCCAGAACUUUUCCAAAAGCGCUCUUUAUCUCCCAAGGCCUUUUAGUUGCCUGUUACAUUUCGUUUGGCCUGGUUGUCUACGUGUAUUGUGGAAUCUACGUGGCCAGUCCGUCUCUUGCAAGUGCGGGAGGGACGCUUGAGAAAGUGGCGUUUGGUAUCUCCAUCCCGGGGUUCAUCAUGACCUCGACGCUCUGGACCCACGUCGCUGCAAAGUUUCUCUUUGUUCGAAUCCUUCGUGGUUCUGAUCAUUUACAAAGCAACAGUGUAAAGCACUGGGUCUCUUGGCUGUCAUCGACUAUCUCCUUGACAAUCGUGUCCUUCCUCCUGGCAGAGGCUAUCCCAUUCUUCAGCUUGAUCUUGGGCCUCAUUGGAUCCUUGUGCUGUUCUCCAACCUGCCUGGUAAUUCCCGGUUGCAUGGGCCUCUACAUGCAGCGAGGAAACUACAAGUCCAGCAGAAAGAUCAUGGCACUUUGUACUCUGCACUGUGUCACUAUCGUUGGAGGCUCGUUCAUGGCCAUUGCGGGUACUUAUACAACCAUUCAGAGUAUUGUUGAUGCCUAUGCUUCGGAUUCAGUUGCGAAGGCAUUUAGCUGUUCAUGA